AUGUGCGCCAUGGGGUUUGUGGCAAAGGCAGACACUGGAGAUGCGCAGAGCAUAGGGACUCCAAUGGUUAUUGAGGCGAGAACGAUAAAAAUAGGCGUCAAGGAUGGAACAAUGGAAACUUUGGCAGACAUUGGUCUCGGAUAUGUAGCGCUUGCUCAUCAAGUUUCACCCGCGCAUAAAGACUGUCUUGGGCAUGUGACAUGUGACGUGAAACAUAUGUCUGAAAGCACAAUGUAUUGGCACGAAUGCAUUGCUUUUGGUCAAUUCUUUUUUCCAGUUUCAUCCAUCUCAGAUGCAAAAUAG